AUGGAGGCCAAGAAGGGCCUCAGUGUGUUACUGCAGGCGCGCAGCAAGGCUAUGAGGGCGUUAUCCGUCAAGGAGUAUUUGGACCACGACUCCUCCCUUGAGGUGAAAGCAUCGGCGUUUCUUGCCCUUGUGCACCGCGCUAUGCUAUCCGUGAAGGCCUGCCUCAACACAGUGCAUGUCUCUUCAUCGGAGGAGCAACAUGAGCAGUUGCUGGACGCGGCAACAGAUGCUGCAGAGGAGCUCAAGGCUACCGUGGCUCUGCUGAACCAUGCGUAUGAGACAGCAGCAUGCGUGGCGGUGCUGGCGGCGCUGAGGGGAGUCCCCUCCUUGCUCGUGGGAAUCCGCCUGGCAAGCGAGAGGGGCGUGCGUGCGGCAGGCAUUCACCCGUGCGCGUUCCUUCCCCUGCUCUCCCCCUGCUCCCCAUUUCCUUUCUCCCCCCACCCAUCGCCGAUCCCCCCCCCUCAGGAGGCAGCAGCAUGCGUGGCGCUGCUGGCGGCGCUGAGGGGCUUCCCCUCGUCGCUGGUGGCAGUGAGUCUGGCGAGCGAGAGGGGCGUGCGGCGCGCACGCUUGUGUCUGCGCUUGCGCCUGUGUAUGUGCCUGCGCAUGUGCCUGCGCAUGUGCCUGCGCAUGUGCCUGCGCAUGUGCCUGCGCAUGUGCCUGCGAAUGUGCCUGCGCAUGUGCCUGCGCAUGUGCCUGCGCAUGUGCCUGCGCAUGUGCCUGCGCAUGUGCCUGCGCAUGUGCCUGCGCAUGUGCCUGUGCAUGUGCCUGUGCAUGUGCCUGUGCAUGUGCCUGUGCAUGUGCCUGUGCAUGUGCCUGUUCAUCAUCGCCACGAGUCAUCAUCGCCACGAGUCAUCAUCGCCACGAGUCAUCAUCGCCACUAGUCAUCAUCGCCAUGAGUCAUCAUCGCCACGAGUCAUCAUCGCCACGAGUCAUCAGUGCCACGAGGCUGAGCACUUUCUGCCUCCUUCUCCUCUCCCUCCCUUUCAGGUGGACGCACAAACACUGUUGCCUUUGAUCACCCACACCGCCCUCCUCCGCCACUUCACGGAGCGCCACGAGUCAUCGCGUGCCUGCACCCACGCCGGCAGGCUCCACACGUUGCUGCCAGAGCCGCCCGGCCUGCCUCUGGAGCAGCAGCACAUGAGCCAGUGCGUGCAGGCCCUCGCCCAGGCCAUCCGCGUGUUCCUUGAUAGCACAGCCAUGCUGUUGUGCAAGCUGGAGAGCCAGUGUGAGAGCCAUGGCACACAGCAUGAGGCUGCUCGACUAAAACUAUGCUACCCCAUGCCACCACCCCAUGCCACCACCCCAUGCCACCAACCCAUGCCACCGCACACCGCCCUCCCAUGUGUCUACCAGAACACAGCCAUGCUGUUGUGCAAGCUGGAGAGUCAGUGUGAGAGCCAUGGCAUGAGGCUGCUGGAGCUCAAGCGGUGCAUUCAGCCCGUUUCGGACGGAGUGAGGGUGCUGACGCCCACCCCCGUAGUGGACGGGGUGAGGGUGCUGACGCCCAUUGUGAGAGGGGUGGAGGACGAAGGAUGGGGAUCCACAGAGGUUCUUGACAUGCUGCAUGCAGCGUCCACCCGACCAGAUGUGAGGGAGGCGGAGGGUCUCAUUCGUUUUGUGCUGCAAUCUGCAUGCGCCCCCUACCUUCACCUCCUCUCCUCGUGGAUGCAGGAGGGGCGACUGGACGACGACAUUCACAGCGAGUUCUUCAUUUCUUCAUGCACCACUGCUGCCACAGAUGCACUCACAUCUACUGCUACUGAUGUCAAAGCUCGCAGCAACACCAAUUCCCCAGCCACAACCACCAGUGGCAGCAGUGCUGGCUUGCGGUUGAGGGGGCAUGGUGGGGCGCAGGAGAGGGACGGCGAAGAGACUCGUGACGUGCUGGCCACAGGGCAGUUGGUGCAUGCGCUCAGGGAGCAUGGGUACUUGAAGCAGGUGGAUGGGUGGUGUGGGUGGGUGGAGUGGUGUGCUAGAAGGGAACAGUGUGUGCAUGGGGUGUGUGUGAGUCAUGAUGUGCUGGCCACAGGGCAGUUGGUGCAUGCGCUCAGGCAGCAUGGGUACCUGAAGCAGUUGAUCCCAUCAGAGGGGGAGGCACAACAGCCACAGAUGCAGCUGGGCAGUCUAGAGGAGAGCGUGGGUGCCCGCACACAGGCAGUGCAGCAAACGAUGAUAGACCUCACGUUGAACAAGGCGGACUACCUAUCGGACUUCAUGGCGCUGGCAGGCGAGGAGCUCUGCAAGCCGGCCAGGAGGGCGUCUCAGGCUCGCAUUGAUGUAUCCAAUGACCCCAACUGCGACCGCCUCUCUGCUCGCCUGGUCCCUGUCGAUCCACCCAGUCCCUCCACCUCAUCGCUUCACCAGCAGCCCCUACAACCUCUACAAUCACAGUCGCCGCCCUUACAGCGCGCACCAGACCCACCAGUCACAUCUGCAACAGUCACAUCCGCAACAGUCACAGCCACCACAGUCACAUCUGCAGCAGUCACGGGAGAGCAUGGACGGUGCAGAUCUGCAGAGCAGCCUCCAGGCGUACGAUCAAUACGAGGACCUACUAUAGACGAUGCAGAUGGUGACUUUGACGCUUCUCAUGCUGCUGCUGGCGGUGGUGGCAGUGGUGAUGACAGUGGUGGUGGCGGCAAUGGUGGUGGUGGUGGGGAUGGGGAUGACAGGCAACUCUACAGCAACCCUCUGUCGCUGCUGCCCCAGCUCACCCCUGUUCGGCCAGUCAGCCCUGCAGCUGCAGCGGCAGCGCAGGCAGCAAGGGGGGAACGGGCUGAGCGGAGGGGAGCUUCAGGGGAGAGCGGAUGGGAGGCUAUCUACAUCGACUACCAGGCGCCCUGGCCAGUAUCCGCAGUGGUGCCCCCAUCCGCACUGCAGGGUUACAACCGCCUCUUCCGCUUCCUGCUCGCUUCACUCCCAACGUAUUACCCACCUCUUUUUCCCGCCCCACUUACUCCAGGCGCCCUGGCCACAGGUGCCCUGGCCAGUAUCCGCAGUGGUGCCCCCAUCCGCACUGCAGGGUUACAACCGCCUCUUCCGCUUCCUGCUCGCUUCACUCCCAACGUGUUACCCACCUCUUUUUCCGCCCCACUUACUCCAGGCGCCCUGGCCAGCGCCAUGGCCAGUAUCCGCAGUGGUGCCCGCAACGGCCCUUCAAGGUUACAAUCGCCUCUUCCGCUUCCUGCUCGCCGCAAGGCGAACCCACCUGCACCUCGCCCUCGCAUGGUCUGCCCUGCAGGUAGGGCCAUGGAGCAGAUGAUGUUGGUGGUGAUAGCUGUCUGUCGACCCAUGGGGCAUACUGGUGUGCGCACCAAGGCGAACCCACCUGCAUUUGGCCCUCAAUCUCGCAUGCUGACGCGGGGAGUGAAGGUGGAAGGGACAAUGCUGCAGCGCGUGCACUGGCUGCGGCAUCGCAUGGCGUGUGCUGUCACUGCCAUCCUCGACCAUGUGGCACAUGCGGUGAUAAGCCCCAAUUUCGACCUCAUGACAACGAGAUUGACCAAGGCUACCUCCUUCCACCAGGCGACUUUUGAAGAAAACGAGUUACUUAAAAAACCACUCCUCACCCAUCAUCAUCUCUCCCACCUCCCUGCAGAAAUUAUUCGCCCUUCUCUCCAUCCCUCUUUGAGGUCAUGCAUCCCUGCAGAGAAAUUAUCUUCCCUCCUCUCCAUCGCUCUUCGCUUCGCCACCACUGUCAGCACCACCAUCCACACAGCCUCCUCUCUCCCCGGCCUUGACUCAUCAUCUUCAUCAUCAGCAGCAGCAGGAGGAGGAUGGGGAGGAGGAGGAAGGGGGGGUUAUGGGGCGGAGGGUAGAACCAGUGGAGGCGAGCUGGCUGAUUACGCGUACGGCGAUGCCACGUCAGAUGCCAAGGGACGGGCGGCCCGGGCGGCAUUCCGUCGGCAGUUAGCGGCGGAGGAGCUACAGCGUGGUUUAGAGCAAGAGGGAUUUGUUGAAGAGAUGAGGGCCACACACACUGCCUUCACAGCCUCUCUCCGUGCCGCCAUUGCUGCCAUUGCAUCUGCCCUCCGAGACCAUCCUCUGCUGCUCUCCCUGCACCUCGCCCUCACCGCUGUUGCCAAAGGCCUUCCUUAG